AUGAAUGCUGCUAGGGCAGUGUUGCCCUCCUACACAGAAUCUGUUGAUGUCGCGGUAAAUUCCAAUUCACAGGAUGACACUUCAUUUCUUGGUGCUACUACUUCGCCAACCAGUCUCGUCGAAAAUCAUGGAGCAUCACAAAAAGUUUCCGAAAUUUCGCUAGAUGCCAUAUUUGGACAAGAAAAUUGUCAACCACUGUUGGAAACAGGUCUGAAAAAAAGCGGUAAUCCGCGUGAUAUUUUCGAUACAGCUGAUGAUAUUCCAGAAACACCGAAGUCCGUAGAAAUCAUCGAUUUAAUAACACCGAAGAAGACUUCACAAAACAGAUCACCUCUUCUUCCCACUCAACCACUACCGACGACUUGUACAAGUUUUAUGCAGCGACGACCAAGAACCUGCUGUAAUGGCACUUUGCAUAAUUGGAUUAACUGGUCCAAACCACCACCGAGACCGGAACAGGUUAAUGCAGAUAAAUAUGCUCCUUGGUUGAAUAUUAAACUCGAUGUCUCUCCAAAAAAACUGGAUCCCGUCACCAAGCAAACAUUAAGCAGUAUGAAUGCAGAGACAACCGUCAGUGGUUCGUGCUCGUCGCAGAUUUCAUCAGAGUCUUUAACAGGUUCUGCCGGAAUUCAACUGAUCUUCCCAAACUAUAAUUCCGGAGAGUUCAGAAAACUAACCUCCAACACUAGAGAAUGCUCAGAGAACCAAAUAUCUGGAGAAAUUACGGUAUUGCAAAAUUCUUCGAUGAUAUUAGGACCAACUUUACCUGUAACUUCUACUAGUCAAGAAGAAACAGGUGAAGAUCAGCUGGAUGUUAUUUCUUCCAUAUCUGAUGAUUUUUCUCUCCCGCUUACUCCUUCUCCUCCUAAAACAUUACGCAAAGCAGAAACGCUAAAGCAAGUAUCACUUGCAACAAUGCUGAAUCGAAGUAAUGUGGUUGAUUGUUAUACUGUUCUGGAAUCACAGCAUACACGUUCUCUAAUGAAAGUGAUAUCUUCACCAACAUUUUGUCGAAAUGAUGGGAAAUAUGUGAACAAUGAGCUGACUUCACGAUUUGACGAUGAUGGUAAAGUUCGACGGAAAAAAGCUGAACGACGUUUAUUGCAUGGCUACGAUUGUCCAUGUUGCGCGGAUUACUACGAAGCCUUGGGAUUAAAUCAACAUGAGCGUAAUAAACGGAUUGAUCAAGUUAGUAAACACAGAGAUAUUGAAAAGGAACCAUCUACUCCUGAAUAUUAUUGGGAGGUUAGGAUGCCAAAUAGAGAAGAACAACGCCGACGCGGGCAAAUUAUUGAAAGCACUUCACCGAUUGCUCUUAAGACACGUUAUCCGGAAUACAAGCCGAACAGACGUGCUUGCCGUAGACUUUUCAUUUAA